CGUCGUCUUCCUCGCCUAAAACCCUCGCCUUCCUCCGCCUCCCCCUCACGCCGACGAGCAACGGAGCACGCAGGCAGCCCACCCCCAAGAUCCCCGUGGCUUGCUAGGGAUUUGGGCAAAUCUGAUCCUCGCGGCCGGCGAUUUCGUCUAUAUCCCCAGGCGGCGUGCGUGCGUGCGUUGGGGAGGAUUUGGGGCGCCCGGGAUGGUGGACGCGUGGUGGCCGCUGCUCGCCGCGGCGAUCCCGGCUGUGGUGGCCGGGCAGGCCUUCCGCGUGAAGCGGCGGCGCGACGAGGAGCAGCGGCUCAAGGCGGCGCGCGGGCGCGAGAAGAGCUCCGACGAGGUCUUCGUCUGCGAGCGCGUGUGCACCUCCAAGCGGAUGCUCAAGAAGGUGGGCGCCUUCUCCAAGGACCCCAUCCCGGAGACCUGCGUCACCGUGUGCGGCGUCUCCGAGCUCGACGCCUGCGCCGACGCCUGCGCCCGCACCGUCUGCGUCAACCAGCACCAGGUCCCCAACUGGAACGACGUCUGCCUCAAGAGGUGCCAGAGCGAGUGCCUCAAGCUCUCCUCCACCCUCAUGUAGCCAUGGCCACCCAUGUAAGCCAUCGCUGUACCUUGUUUUAGGUACCAAAAUCAACAAUCUCUUAUUCCUAAUGCAAUGCUUCCUGCCUAGGAGCUUCAGACAUCCAUAGCUGUCGUUUAUAAGUCAUGAGGAAUGGAAGAGGUCAAUGACAGAUCAUAAUUGUUUUGUGCUGCACAUUUGAUCUUCGACAAAUGCGUUUCCUACAGUUUAGCCCCAUUGUGUUUGCCAGGUGCCAUGCCAUGUUUCUUGUGAGGUGUCUCCAAGGUUGAGUCUUUAGCCGGGCUGGCGAAUAACGCUGGCUAAAUUUAUUACUACCUCCAUCCCAGGGUAGCUAUAAUAUGAGACAGAGGUAGUUAAUAUCAGAGGUGAAUUUACCCCUUUGGGAUGAAAUGCUUAUCGUGUUUAAUGUAAUGUGUUCUUGCCUGAGGGUGCUGAUUCUGAUACAAAAUCAUGUCUGCUACUGUUUGUCUGAGUAGGAAGUGUAGGAUGGUUAUUACUUAUUUACCUCAAGAUUGUAGUUCAAUGUCUUCAUAUCAAGAGUUUCAGAACUUGCUGAGGUGAUAUAUGUUGCA